CACAUGGAAAGAAUCAUACUUUGUCACCUGUACUCCUUACUACCUUUCUGGCUGACUUUCUUUUGAACACAAGAACCGACGCAACCUUUAGGUUUCUAACCAAGAUGCGAACGAUGCUUGCCUCAAAGCGGGUAGCGACCAUUGCAGCACCAGCAAUUCUUCAACGAGCGGCAUUCCGCUCCUUUCCCACCCGCACCAUGGCAUUGCGGGCGUCAUCCAGUUCCAUGGCAACUACAGACCAGCAACCGCCUUCUCGGUCACCAUCUUGGGACAUCAAACUCCUGUACGAUGGCGACUGCCCGCUGUGCUUAAAGGAGAUCAACUUCCUUCGCGGGCGCAACGGCCAAGGCAAGGUGCUGUUCGUUGACAUCGCGAGACCGGAUUACGACCCAACGCAGAACGCCGGCAUUACGUUUGAACAGGCCAUGGCCACCAUCCACGGCAUUACAGCACAAGGGCGGGUCUACACGGGCGUGGAGGUGUUCCGGCUUGUGUACGAAGCCGUGGGCUUGGGCUGGGUAUACGCGAUUACCAAGGUUCCUGUCGUACUGGCUGUUGCAAAUAAAGUGUACGACAUUUGGGCCAAGCACCGUACACAACUAACUGGGCGGGAAGCGCUGGAGGUGCUGCUGGAACGGCGACGGUUAGAAGCGGUUGGGAGGGCGUCUUGCCGUACAGCUACGACGGGGGCUGGCGCAACAGGCGGCGAAGGCCAGCAGUCGUCAACUGGAGCGAAGUGUGACUUGUAGGCUUAGAAAGGGGUGUAAGUGGAACGUUUAGUGAAUUAGGCUGAGAGGGGCUGUAAGUGGAACGUAAAGAGAGGGGGUAAUAGGAGGAUAUAGCAUAUAGGAGUGACAGGAGCGCGAAACGCUAUUUGACUGAACGCAACCGGGG